AUGUCGCAACGGAGUUCGUGGAAAGACUACUCCAAAAAGGGUCUCGGAUACGGAAAAAAGGGCUUCGACAAAGCCUUCAAGACUCUGGAUAAGCUGGGCGCCCCCGUGAAUCGCCUGUCCAAUCGCAUCGGCUCCGAGGCAUUUUGGCCGACGACACUAGACAAAGAAAGCGAGAAAGCGGCUCGUAUUCUCAGGAGUUUCUGCAAGGAUGGGUUUUACGAGCAGGUCGACGCCGAGGCGGCCAUUGAGGAGCAGCGGAAAUUACAGCUGGAGGAAGAGUAUGGUCAAAAGGCCAAGAUCGAUCGCCCGCAAGGCAAGCAACGAGUGCUAGUCAAGAUUCCAACCCAGGUGAUCAAAAAUGCAAAAGGAAUUGCCAUCUUUACAACCAUGCGUACUGGUCUGUGGUUCAGUGGCGCUGGUGGUAGUGGUAUCCUGAUGGCUCGUGUACCAGAAACUGGCGAAUGGAGCCCUCCUUCCGGUAUUUUACUGCACACGGCAGCCCUUGGGUUCUUGGUAGGCGUUGACAUUUACGACUGUGUCGUCAUUAUCAACACAUACGAGGCCCUCGAAGGGUUCAAGAAGAUCCGGGCUACAUUAGGCGGAGAAAUGAGCGUAACAGCUGGACCCGUGGGCGCAGGCGGCAUCCUCGACAGCGAGGUGCACAAACGACAAGCGCCGAUCUGGACCUAUAUGAAAAGCCGUGGCUUUUAUGCAGGUGUUCAAGUGGACGGAACCAUCAUCAUCGAAAGGACGGACGAGAACGAGCGCUUUUAUGGACGAAAGUUGUCGGUGCAUGAAAUUCUAGCCGGCAAAGUCACGCGUCCACCAGACUCCAUUCGCACGCUUAUGCAGACUAUCAAGGCCGCCCAAGGCGAUCGAGACGUCAGCGAACAUGAAUUGCCAUCUGGCCAGACCCCUGGCGAUGCUCUCAUUGCUGAUAGCAAGGAAGGGUUUGGAAUCCCAGCGGCCGAAGACCCUGACCCAUACGGAGUGCAUGCUUUAGAGGACCAAGGUCUGUUCAUUCGAGAAGCAGGGACACAUAACCGUCCAAAUUCAGAGGUCUUUGAAUUCCGUCCUAGCCCUUCAAGUCCAAUUUAUAACUCAUUCGUUAGACAAAGCAUUGAUAUGUCGUCGCCGCGCCAAAGUUGGCGGGCCAGCGUGCAGAGUACGAAGAGCUACGUUAGUGUAGACAGAGGAACCCAAACAGAAAUUACAGAUAUCAAACCCUCUCAUCCGCCCCGUUCAGAAAGUGCUGCGUCAUCUCGCAGUCUUCGAAAUGCGGCAGAGUCGCCUUCAGAAAACCCAUGGGACACUCCAGAUACUUCAGAGGACCACGACGUCCACGAGGAUAAUGAUGAACUCGAGGAUAGCAAUGAUUUUGAAAUCCACGACGCCAGCAACAGCGUAGUUUCCAAGCGCGAGUCUGUGCGCUCAAUUCUAUCCACUCCGGUCGAAGAUUCCGGUUCAAAUUUCACGCGUCCACGACUGGUGACGAUUCCUAAACGAAUUCCGCCUGCUCUUCCUCCCCGAAACCCUGUUCGCAGACUUGAGUCUCCAUCCACUCAGGAGCCACUCGUUCCUGAGCCAUUGUCUCCGUCUACCUUGGCUGCCGCAGUUCUAGCGCCAGUAGAUUUGGUGGACAGUGACUAUAAGGAGGAUCAUGUCGACGAAACUCGACAAGACGUGAAAGAAGAAAAGCAAGAAGAAACUCAGAAGAAAGAGAUUCAGGAGGAAGAAAAGAAAGAAAAAGAAGAAACCAAAGAAAUCUCACCAGAUGCUACCACCCCAGAUGCCAUUCUUUCCGCUGAAGAACCGAAAUCCGAGCUCGAAAUGGAAAUUCACAAAGAUUCUCCAGGAAUCGAUAAAGACGAGUUUCAUUCAACGCCUACUUCGCCUGUCGAAGAACUCAAAGCCCUCGAUUUGGAAAAGCACGAGACGGGAAAAGAAAAUUAG